AUGAACCCUCGACCUAAAGUCCACGAUCUGAUGAUCGUUUUCGAUGCAAUAACAACCGGGCAGGGCGGCGUUGCGGCGUUGAAAGAGGCCAUUCCCGAUAUCAUCAACUUCGUGGCUCUUGCUGACUGCUUCGAGCGCAUCGGAGUCCUAGCCUAUCGCAAUUAUUCUUCCAAUAACGUGAUACAAUGGUCAGGAUGGUGCUCUCCUUUUAGUACUACCGGCUGUGUGAGUCAAGACGACAUACUCAACUUCGUUCAAGCUUUAGAGCUGCCCGAGGACUCCAAAGACAACUCACAUGGAGCUUCAAAAGCGGCUCUUGCCAAAGCGUAUCAGGAGAUGAGACCGGAUGCGAACGCGACCAUCAUCCUCCUUUAUACCUGUGCUCCUCCCAUGUUUGACCAGACCAGUGGGCAUUACAACUUGGAGCAGAUCACUCUUGAUGAGGGACGCAGCUGCCUGCAUGCCCGAUAUGAUGGUGUCAGCACCAACACGGGGCACUUCAUCAGCAGCGGCUCUAGCAGCAUAUACACAAGCAGCAACUUAGCCAUAAAUUACAUUGACGGCGAUGAAGGCUACAAACGCAGCGUUUUAAAGCAGCUUGAUCGAAUCAUCGAUACCAAGAUGUCUGUCAUCGCUAUCCAUCCACUUUACGGACCACUUUGGCACGCCGUCUGUAGCGACCAAACCGACAACAACAACAACAACAACACCAACAACAUGAAGAAAAGUCUCUUGAAAAAGUUCGGAGCCCAUCUCAAUUUAAUUACCGAUGUCAGAGACAAGAAACAAACGCAGGCUUGGUUGGAAGAGUCUUAUAACGUUUUCCACGAGAUCAAUGACGCGAUCUUAACUAUUCCUUCAGAACACCAAUUCCCACUUAUAUAUGCGGAUCCAGGCACGAUUUAUUUACAGCCAAAUCAAGACGAUGCAGCUCUUACUCGUGCACAGCUGCUCGACAUCGGGCGGUCGUGCGACAAGGACAUUCUGAGACGCUUAGGAAAUGUUCUGAUCCGCAUGCAUUAUCUUACAGAACGCCCAGCUGCUCUCCUUGCUGCAUAUACCAUAAGCCUGGGGAUAGUCCCAUUGCUGCACGUGGCUGUUCCCCAGCUCGUGGCAUUUCGGGAUAAGUGGAACACGACCAAGAAACCCGAAACGUGGAGCACUGGGUGCUUAUCCCUCUUACUCAAAGCAGACCGAUUUUUAGAGAAAAGGGGAUUGGUUUCGCCCGGUGAAGAGAGCAUUCUCAGAGUUGAAGACCGCAAGCUCUUCCAGACGCUGGUGGAUUACAAGAAGCUUGAGAAGAGUCUCACAGCUACCCUGAAUGUGAAGGUAGGUUGGCAUCCAAGCAACAUAGAGGCAGCGGUAAUUCACGUGGAGACAUGUCACACAUGCAAUCGUCGCCGUUCAGUCACGGUGAUGACUUCAGACGGUAUAUGCCGCUAUUGUUCCGCUGGCCGCAAUGCCAUCGACGCACCUGAGGAUCAUGACGAAAGUACACUUGUGCUUUGGACUGAAUGCGGUUCUUGUCAAGCUCAGUACAUCGUUGAUGACAACAAAGGGAAAUCUCCCAAGUGCUUCUACUGCCGAAGCGGAUGCACGGCGCAAACCGUGGAAUGUUCCAAGUGCCUCAGCCGAAUUAUCUGGCCCGAGGAAAUCCGUCCCAAAGGUCUUGAUCUAAGCAGUUUCCAGUGCUAUGCCUGUGUGUCGGGUGUAUCUACUAUCGAGAGCCGCAAGACGACUGUACGUGACCUGGUCGAGCAAAACGUAUCAAGCUUCCUCAGAAACGAUGACGAUGUCAUCACAAACCCCCUAAAAGGGAUGUCUUUAUUCGAUAUAGCAUCGAGUUGUGAUUUGGCUCAUCUCUCCAGCAAGGUUCAGGUCCUACCUGAAAACAACUCCCCUCUUCUUUUGGACGGCAAACUUAUUCACAACCAGACCGACUUGAAAGCGAAGCUCCGGGACAUGAUCUUGCCGCAAGAAACCGAGGAAUGUGCAUUUUGUCUUGAGGAAAAGCCUGAUCUACAAUUUGUAUGCACAGAUACAAGAUGCAGUGCUUUUCAUGAAUAUCGACAGUACAUAUCAGGAGACUUCUACUAUCCGUCCCUGGAAGUGAACUCACGAGUCACGCAACAAGACACGACUACAUUCACAGUCAACCUCGCCCAACCAUUUGCCGUCGGAACAGUCCCUCAUGGAGGGUAUAUAUCAGCCAUGUUCUUGCGCGCAGCGAGUACCUACCUUACACCCUACAAUCAACCAGAUACAUUCGCUGCUCAUUGGCAUUUUCUCAGUGCAACGCACACCGGCCCAGCUGUACUUGUAGUAGAGGAGGUUCGAAGAGGCCGGGCGUUGUCAAUCCUCCAUAUCACGCUAUAUCAAGAAGGUCUCCUGUCUGACAGCCCUUGGAUAUCCGAUAAGUCGAAGAAGAAAGUCGCCGCAUAUGUUACAAAUAAUUUGCUCAAUGGUGAGCGAGGCCUCAGUCUGCCGACUGGCUUUGAACUCUCUGCGUCACCUCCUCCAGUGGACUUGACCAAGCUUGCAAUAGAACAAGACCCAAAUUGGGAGCGCUUGCACAUGGUUGUCAUGGACGUUGCACCCAUGAUGCAGCACGUCGAGUUCUACUUCCCCAAACACAAACAAACACCACCAGCAACAUGGGAUCUCUGGCUCCGCAUGUCCAACAACGAACGCUGGACAACAUGGGCACUCGGUUACAUCGCCGACGUCGCGCCCGCACUCAUAAUCGAGGGCUACCGACCAACAGAUUUGGAUGCACCAGUUCCUAAAGACAGGUUUGCGUUUGACAAGAUCUAUUGGAUGCCGACAGUGUCGAUGAGUUUAGAUGUCAAGAAAGCGUUACCAAAGGAGGGCGAGGAGUGGUUGAGGAUACGUAUCAGUGCAAAGGUUAUCAAGGAUGGGAGGUAUGAUGCCGAAGUUAUUGUUUUUGAUAGGGAGGACGAUGUUGUGGCGUUGAGUAAUCAUGUUGCGCUGAUAUUGGAUGGAGAGAGGAACUGGGGACGUGAGGAGAAGCUAUAGGGUGGCUCCAAGUCGACAUGUUACAUAUCGUGUUGUUGAUGGACGUUUCACAGACUUGCGAGACCUGUCUAGAGGGCGAAAUCGGGUGAUUGGAAUAGGCAAUCGCCUGAAAUAUUAGUCUAAGUAUUCGGUUUAUCAACAGUUCUAUUCUGAUAGUUGUCAUUUAGACGGCUUCUUUCACUUUCAAGUACUAGAUGAGGUUAUCCAACGACCUACCCUUUAUAGCGACGGAAUACAUUCAAUUUAUUUAACUUCAUGAUCAAACGGCCAACAUUAAGCAUUCAGCUUUCCAUUGUCAUCCAAUAAUCCAUCCGAU